AUGGAUCCGAACACCUCGUUCGCGAUGGGGGAUGAACCAUCUGCGGACGAUUCUGCCUCGGGUACAACCAUUCCUACUGCGUUGCCGGAAACCCCAGCCAGUUCCAACUCGCAGGAAGCUCCCACGGGUCCCAGUUCCCGGAUCGGCGAGCACCUCGCUCUAGCAGUAUUAGACGACCAGCAAAUCUCUUUUCGACCUUUUGUCCUCGGUGAAGACGCCCAAAAUUUGAUCGACAGGAUCGAACGUGAAUUCAACGAUAUUCUCGUUUUUGACUCUCCCUUCGACUUGCCGCUCCCAGAGGAAGUGCAGGCGGAGUAUCCCGCCGCUCAUCAUUUCCACUGGCAUAUGUUACGGGUUGCCUUCCUCUGUCGGAUAGUAGAGUCACCUCCUAACGACACAGAGCCAUGUCAUGUGGAAGGUUGGAGACGCGUUAUACAGGACAAACAGCGCAAUAACCCUGCCUGGAUCAAGCGAUGGGUAGCUACAUAUGGUGUUGAUGGCCUCCAAAUUCUUUCAAACUCGGAAUCCGAGGCGCUCCUGGGUGUUUCUCGAGACUACCUACGACGGCGUAGUGGGGGUAGAAAGCUGAGGUACCUUUGGUCACUCCAGCGCCUGGUGGAAGGAAUACUUUCGCCUGGCAAAUUGCCUUACACCCGCAAGGAAAUCGCAGCCGCAAAACUGACCAAGCUCCGGGCACCACGUCGCCGUCCAGUACGCAACCCACUUGCUCAUCCGCGCAAAGUCCCCCGAAUCGGAGGUUCUCCCUUGCGGCAAUGCUUCACGCCCGACAACAUGGGCGAGGAGGAUAGCGAUGAGAGUCAGCCUCUCAGCAGCGUGGAUGAUACGAGUUCUGAAAGCGACGCGUCCAGCAUGGAUAUAGACGACUUCACGAACAUUAUGGGAACGGUCUCCGAUGACGCAAACUGGCCUGCCAAUGCGACGGGUGGGAAUUCCAACUUCUUGCAUGAGAGCGGCAUAGCCGAGUCACAUGAACUAGACGAGGCUGGCAGCUACCCUCAUGAUACAGUCGAGUCUCCCGACAGUGGUGUGAGCGAGCAUUUCGAUGCAGCCUAUUUCGAUGCGGCCGAUUUCGAUGCGUCCUACUUCGAUGGCGCCCAUGAGAGGCGCGAGCGACGGCACAAGAGAAGACGUUCCGGUUAUCUUCACCAGGCGUUUGCUCGUUACAAUCUGCAACCUGCCUCUUCGAGUCGCCGAAAGACAAAUGUCUUGGAAGAAACCAGUCCAGGAAAGGCAGCGACAGGCGGGGUCAUGUCCGACCACGCUGUUGAUGAACCGGUUGAUUAG